UAGCGUCAGUCGCGCGUGGCAGCAGCAGUAGCGGCGCUAAGGCGGAGAGAGCGCGCGCCCGUGUAACGGCCUCCCAUCAGGUUCCGCUCUGCUCUGCUCCGCUCUGCUCCGCUCCUCUGCCAUGGCCGCGUAUCGCCUCGUCCUUAUCCGCCAUGGCGAGAGCGCCUGGAACCUGGAGAACCGCUUCAGCGGUUGGUACGAUGCUGAUCUGAGCCCCGCCGGACAGCAAGAGGCGCGGCGCGGCGGCCAGGCCCUCCGAGAUGCCGGCUUCGAGUUCGACAUUUGCUUCACCUCGGUGCAGAAACGGGCCAUCCGUACCCUCUGGACCGUCUUGGAUGCCAUUGAUCAGAUGUGGUUACCUGUUAUCCGGACCUGGCGUCUGAAUGAGAGGCAUUACGGGGGUCUUACCGGUUUGAACAAAGCCGAGACAGCGGCAAAACACGGUGAGGAGCAGGUGAAGAUCUGGAGGCGCUCGUUCGACAUCCCCCCACCUCCUAUGCAGCCCGAUCACCCUUUUUACAGCUCCAUCAGCAAGGACCGUCGUUAUGCUGACCUGACAGAGGACCAGUUGCCAACAUGCGAGAGCCUGAAGGACACGAUCGCCCGGGCUCUGCCUUUCUGGAAUGAGGAGAUUGUCCCACAGAUCAAAGAAGGCAAACGAGUCCUUAUUGCUGCCCACGGCAAUAGCCUGCGUGGGAUUGUCAAGCACCUGGAAGGCAUGUCAGAAGCAGCCAUUAUGGAGCUGAACCUGCCCACCGGCAUCCCUAUUGUCUAUGAGCUGGACAAGAACCUGAAGCCUGUCAAACCCAUGCAGUUCCUGGGGGAUGAGGAGACAGUGCGCAAGGCCAUGGAGGCCGUUGCUGCUCAGGGCAAGGUCAAGAAGUGAGGCUGAAGCCCAUCCCAGUCCUGCUGCUGAAGCAGACGCUACUGUGCCCCCUCCCAAGUUGUCCUGUCUCUGCAGCCUCCCCCCCUGCCAGCAUUGCGAGCCUGGGCUUGCACAGGGUCCGUUUCACUGUCUGACCAUAGCAGCUGUGUCUUGUUCCAGUUCAAUAAAGAAGUUACACGCAAUAG